CAGCACUCCUCAAGCAACAUGUCAAAGUCGCGAGUCAUCUACUGGUUCCGGACCGACUUGCGCCUCCACGACUCCCCAGCCCUCAAAGCUGCUCUGGACCUCAAUCCCGAAUGCCUCUAUCCAUUGUGGACCUGGGACCCCCACUAUGUCUAUCGAGCGCGCGUCGGCCCCAAUCGCUGGCAGUACCUCCUCGACUGCCAGAAUGACCUGUCCAAGUCCAUUACCAAGCUGAACCCCAAGUCGAAACUGUUCCUCAUCCGUGAAGCCCCUCAGACGCUGUUCCCCAAGCUGUUCAGGGCAUGGAAGGUUACGCAUUUGGUUUUCGAAAAGGACACGGAUGCAUAUGCAAGAGAGCGUGAUCAAAAGGUCAUGGACAUUGCCAAGCAAGCGGGCGUCCAUGUCAUCGUCAAGACAGGAAGGACCUUGUACGAUCCGGAUGACUUGGUCAGCAACAACAAUGACAAGCCGACCAUGAGUAUCAGCCAGGUCAUGGCAGCGGCGAAGAAGAUGGGGCCAGUCCCCAGACCCAUCCCAGCACCAAAGUCACUGCCGGAUCCCGGAGCGGUCGAGUUGGAGUUUGACCAAGAGAAGCCAGACAACCAUCCGGACAUCAAUUCCGUCCAAAGAGAUGGUAAUGAAGCCUCAUACACCGCCUUGGCCGGGCCAAAUGGCGAUUUCGCGGUACCAACAAUGGAAGAGCUGGGGCUGAAGCCGGCAACAACGCCUCAUCGCGGCGGAGAAACAGUGGCGUUGCAAGCUCUGGAUGAAAUAAUCGCAAACGAAGAAUACACGGCGACUUUUGAAAAGCCCAACACUGCCCCAACUGCGUUCGAGCCACAAUCCACUACCCUACUAUCCCCACACAUGCACUUUGGCUCCCUGAGCUGCCGUCUUUUCUACUGGCGCGCCCAGGAUGUUGCCGACAAAUACAAGGGCAAAGCCUCGAAACCACCCACCAGUCUGACAGGCCAGCUGCUUUUCCGUGACAUGUACUUUGGCGCGCAAGCAUCCCUGGGAUACUCCUUUGGUCAGACCUACAACAACCCGCAAUGCCGCUUCAUCCCCUGGCAUCUCCCCUCAAAAGUCGACAUUGCUUCUGGCCUCAUCACUGGUGAAUACGUAGUCGGCAAUGCAGAAGCAGAGUCCCAUUUCCAACGAUGGAAACAAGGCCGUACCGGGUUUCCCUGGAUCGAUGCACUCAUGCGUCAGCUCGCGCAGGAAGGCUGGAUUCACCAUCUUGGCCGCCACGCCGUUGCGUGUUUUCUCACCAGGGGCGGCUGCUACAUUGACUGGGAACGUGGUGCCGAGGUGUUUGAAGAAUGGCUCAUUGACCACGAAGCAGCGUGCAAUAUUGGCAACUGGCAAUGGCUAUCUUGCACGGCAUUUUUCGCCCAAUUCUACCGUUGCUAUUCCCCCAUAGCCUUUCCGCAGAAAUGGGACAAAGAGGGAAAUUUCAUCCGCAGAUAUGUACCGGAGCUUGCCAAGUUUGACAAGAAGUAUAUUUACGAACCACACAAAGCACCAAUUGCGGACCAGAAGAAAUGGGGAUGUAUGAUCAAAGGUGACGGCGCGGCUGGAGCAGGCCAAGAUGGCCAUGUAAAGACGUAUCCCAAGCCAAUGUUUGAUUUUCCCACGCGAAGGGAUGUGUGUCUCCAGGGUAUGAAGAACGCAUACCAUGUCAAUCUUUACGGCAACUCGCCUCAAGUCCUCGAUGGAAGCUGGCGCAAGCUGUUUGACGACGAGGCCGAAGGGCCGACAAAAGGGUCCAAGGGUCCUCCUGGAGCAAUGCCAGCGGAUGGGCAAGUCAAGGGCCAUGAAGAUGCCGAUGGUUACGAGGAAAAGCAAGAUUCGGAUUCAGCAAAGAGCCCAAAGCGAGCAAAGCGCACGGCUAAGAAGGCGGACGUCAAGGUAGGGCAUAAGAGGGAAGCGAGCCAGGCGACGUUGGAUACCAUGGUAACGAGGAAGAAGAAGAAAGAUGCGGGAGGCUCUGCCUAAUUCCAAACCAUGGUUGGAUAGCAUGGCUUGGCUCAAAGCGGCUCAUUUGUCGCAUGAGAAAUCAAUUCAACUUCACAUCAUUAGAGGGUAUCACAAACAAAGCAUCAGUCGCAGCCGCAUCUACGCAUUCGCAAUCCUCCCCGCCCCAAUUACUGUCCAGAAGGCCUCUUCCCUCUUUUCCCGCUCACCCUUGUUACCCCUCGAGUCACCCAACCCCCGCUCCUCGGCAUUGACGUCAGCUUCGAAUUCCAGCCGCACGAAUAUGGGUAUUUCGAGCAAAUCGUCGUCUUGAUCGAGUUCCUCAUCGCCCUCGUCCAAGAAGCCCGGGAUGACCUCAAUGGCCACGCUCGUCCAAUUGCGGCCCUU